AAGCUCACAUUUCACUGCACUGUACUGCGCAGCGCUCUAUAGCUCUAUAACGCUGAACAAGUCGCGGGAGAUUAUAAUGUGCAAUGUAACGUAGAGAAAAUUGCAGUGUCAUAUUGCACGAAUUGGGUUGGGUUAGUUACAUAAUUAGUUCCAGGCAUGGUUGUUAGGAUUUAUUGAGUGGGAGUAAUUAAGCACCUGAUUUUAAAUUGCCUGUAGUUCCGUGUUUUGUGUUGACCGGUAAUGAUGUGUUUGUAAACGUGUAUAUUUGUGACCUCGUAUUCAGCUAUCCAAAGAGGUUCAGUAGUGCAGUUUACAACCAACCCUCAACAAUGGUUCUUGCAAAGAUUGAGUUUACUGUCCAAAUGACAUGCCAGAAGUGUGUAAAUAAAAUUAGAGAGAGUUUAAGUAAUGUGAAAGGAAUUGAAAGUAUAGACAUUUCGCUGGAUAAUGAAACUGUCAUUGUAGAGACAUCUCUGCCAUCAUCAGAGGUGCAAGAGAAGAUAGAAUCUACUGGACGACGGGCUGUACUGAAGGGAUAUGGAGGAGGUGGUAACCUUGGUGCAGCAGUAGCUAUGCUGGGUGAUGCUUCAGGAUGUGGCUUUGGUAUCGUGAAAGGUGUUGUACGAUUCUUACAGACUGAUGAAAACACCUGUGUGGUGGAUGGUACACUGGAUGGACUUAGUCCUGGCCUUCAUGGGUUGCACAUACACGAGUGUGGUGACAUUUCACAAGGGUGUGACAGUGUGGGAGGGCACUUCAAUCCUCGAAACACUCGACACGGCAGCCCUGACGAUGAAGAGAGUGAACGUCAUGCUGGAGAUCUUGGUAACAUCACUGCUGGGCCAGAUGGUCGAGCAACAUUUCGUCUAAUGGACAAAGUUAUCAAACUAUGGGAUAUAAUUGGUCGUUCAGUGGUAGUGACAGAUGGACCUGACGAUCUUGGACGAGGAAAUCACCCACAGUCUUUACAGGAUGGUAAUGCUGGUCAGAGGGUGGCAUGUGGGAUCAUUGCUCGCUCUGCUGGCAUGUUUGAGAACUCAAAGAGGAUCUGUGCAUGUGAUGGUGUGACUCUGUGGGAUGAAAGAGAGAAACCUCUAGCUGGACCCAGUCGGCAAACCAACAUUCCAGCAAAUAACCUAUGAAACAUGUGGUCUGACAAAGUUUAUGAAUUUUUGCUGUAUUGACUUCUGUUGUAAAUAAUACACUGAUUUUACGAUAUUAUAUGUGAUAUGGUAGCAAAGUA